AAAAACACAGACACACACACAAAAGUCACUCUCAUCUUUUUAAUUUUUUCCUCUGUCCUCUCUGUUUCUCUCUCCCCCAAAGUCUGUGUUUUUUCACUCUCAAAAAAACCGGAAAUUCCACUCAUUUUGUCGCUGAAUUCACUCAAAAGAUCACCGUUUUCGAAUUCUGCAAUGUUUGAUCUCCCUGGUUAGUCUGAAAUUCCCCCCGGUGUUAUUGAGAAUUGUGAUCAAAUUCUGGAAGGUUCAAGUGAUCCGGGUGAUUUUUUUUAUUGGAAAUGCUGGAAGCAGUUGAGAGUUCAGUGAAUGGAUUUUCUUCACAUUUGCAGAGCUGCGGAGACAGCAGUGAAGAAGAGCUUUCAGUUUUACCUCGUCAUACUAAGGUUGUUGUGACUGGCAAUAACAGGACUAAGUCUGUUCUUGUUGGACUUCAGGGUGUAGUCAAGAAAGCUGUUGGACUUGGAGGAUGGCAUUGGCUGGUUCUGACAAAUGGCAUUGAAGUGAAGUUACAGAGGAAUGCUCUAAGUGUUAUAGAAGCUCCAACUGGCAAUGAAGAUGAUGAUGAUAUUGAAUUUGAAAAUGUGCAAUGGAAUGUCUCUGAUCUGGCAUCCGAUGACACUCAUAAGUCCCCCAGAUCAAGGAAUCGCAUGCAUAAAUCAUCAGGAUCACCUCGCAGGAGUAUGAGCAGGUCUCUCUCUUGUGACUCACACUCCAAGGGAUCUGUUUCUAUGCCUCCCGGGUCCACGAAGAUUGACCUCAGCAAACUGGAAAUGGCCGCUUUGUGGAGAUAUUGGAGACAUUUUAACCUUGUUGACGCCAUUCCUAACCCUUCUAAGGAGCAGCUCAUUGACGUUGUUCAGAGGCAUUUUAUGUCGCAGCAAUUGGAUGAAUUACAGGUGAUUUCCGGAUUUGUAAAGGCCGCAAAGAGACUCAAGACCGUAUGCAAGUAACUAACGGAGACACGAGGAAUUCUUUGCAGAUUGUCCCUGACGCUAACAAAUUGGUUGGUUUUAUUCCCCUGUUCUCGCGCUUGGUUUCUGUAAAAAAAAAAUAUGAAUAUACCUAUAACUAUAUCCUCAGGAUUGUUGGUAGUAGCCGUAGUUGUAGAUAACUUGGUGGUCAGAUUAUGCUAAUUGACCAACUUCCUCAGAUUCUUAAAUUAGGACAUGUUGUAAGUGGUCACAUUAAGAAUGUAAAGUCCUCGUAUGAUAAUUAACAGUCCGUUAAUUAACCAUCUGCUUUUGUUGGUUAACAACCCAAUAUUGUUCAGAAACCCUCCCAUGCAUCUCUGUCAUGUCUUCCCUCAAUUGACAUCCG